ACCCCGCCUGUUCUGCUGGGGGGACUUGUGAAUGGCAGCCAAUGGGAGGGUAGAGUCCCCUCAGCCUCUCAGCCUCUCUGACAUCCACACAGCGAGAAGUGAUGCAGUGCCGCUGAGACGCGCAGUCGGGGCGGAACAACGGGCAACAAAAGCCGCAGCGAGCGGAUACUCCGCGCUCAGCCGUGCGUUUUUCCUCCGACUUCCUUUCAUUUUUCACCACGUCGUGGGAAGAAAAAAAAAAAAAUAAAAAUCUCUCUACGCUGGAAUAAACUUUCCCAAAAAUCAGGUGCUGAUUGCCGACCAGUGUGAGUCCGAGCGGCCUUUCCUGCCUCAGCGGCUCGCAGCAUGAGAACCGGGCUGAUACUCUGACCAGGAAGCGGCAGACACGGACCACUGGGGUGGCGUAAGGCAGAGGUUUGUUGCUGUGUGGCCAUGGAUCAAAGGAGACUCUGUGCUCUCGUGAUGCUGUGGGCCGUGGUCCACCUCAGCUCUCCGGGUUACGGCCUCAGAGCCCUGCGAAGGACUACAGGGGGGCGGAGGGGGCCGACGGGGCUGACGGGACAGGAUGCCAACGGAGUCCCGCUCAGACGCUCUAAACGAGGCUGGAUGUGGAACCAGUUCUUUCUGUUGGAGGAGUACACUGGGACGGACAUGCAGUAUGUGGGAAAGCUCCACUCGGACGGGGACCGAGGAGACGGCAGCGUGAGGUACGUCCUCACAGGGGAGGGAGCGGGGACCCUCUUCAAGAUCGACGAGAAGUCUGGGGACAUCCACGCCACCAAGAGGCUGGACCGCGAGGAGAAGUCCUACUACAUCCUGCACGCCAAGGCCGUCAACCGUUUCACCAACGAGGCGCUGGAGGGCGAGUCCGAGUUCAUCAUCAAGAUCCACGACAUCAACGACAACGAGCCGCGCUUCACCAAGGACCCGUACAUGGCACGGGUUCCAGAGAUGUCCGACGUCGGAACCUCUGUGAUUCAGGUGACGGCCGUGGACGCAGACGAUGCCACGUACGGGAACAGCGCCAAGGUGGUGUACAGCAUCCUGGAGGGCCAGCCGUACUUCUCUGUGGACCCUGAGACAGGCUUGAUCAAGACUGCGCUGCCCGGCAUGGAUCGGGAAGUGAAGGAGCACUACCAGGUAGUGAUCCAGGCGAAAGACAUGGCGGGACAGAUGGGCGGGCUCUCAGGAACCACCACGGUCAGCAUCACGCUGUCGGACGUCAACGACAACCCGCCGCGCUUCACCAAGACCCUGUACGAGUUCCGGGUGCUGGAGUCCAACGAGCUGGGCUCCACGGUGGGAAUCGUCCGCGCCAUGGACGCCGACAUCGGCCCCAACGCGGAGAUGGAGUACAGGAUCAUCGGGAGCGACGGGCCGGGGAUGUUCGACAUCAUCGCCAACAGGACCACGCAGGAAGGCGUCAUCCUGCUGAGAAAGCCUCUGGAUUACGAGAAGAAGCGGCAGUACAGCCUCCGGAUCCAGGUGGAAAACGUCCACAUCAACCCUCGCUUCUACUCCAUGGGUCCCUUCAGGGACGAAGCCAGCGUGAAGAUCGUGGUGGAGGACGUGGACGAGCCGCCGGUGUUCGAGCGGCCCACCUACAUCAUGGAGGUCAGGGAGGACGCGGCGAGGAACACCAUCAUCGGCUCGGUCAGCGCGUCGGAUCCCGACGACAAACACAGCCUAGUCAGGUACACCAUCGACCGGCGCACAGACAUGGACCGGGUGUUCAACAUCCACGCGGGGAACGGGUCGGUGUUCAUCCUCCGGGAGCUGGACAGAGAGGAGAAAGCCUGGCACAACAUCUCUGUCAUCGCCACGGAGUUCAACAACCCACGCCAGAUAAGCCGUGUGCCUGUAUACAUCAGAGUGCUGGACGUCAACGACAACGCUCCAACAUUUGCCACCAAUUAUGAGACGUUCGUGUGUGAGAACGCCAAGGCUAAUCAGAGGAUUCAGACCGUGAGCGCGACGGACCCCGACGAGCCGCUCGGAGGCCAUCGCUUCGUCUUCAGUCUGGCCCCAGAGGCCAACGGCAAGGCAAACUUCUCUGUUCGUGACAACAAAGAUAACACCGCCUGGAUCCUAACCCGGAGGAACAGCUACAACAGCCUCCAGAAGAGCAUCUACCACGUUCCCGUGGUGAUCACGGACGGAGAGUUCCCGGAGCAGAGCAGCACCAACACGCUCACCAUCAGGGUGUGCACCUGCGACCGCGAGGGCAACAUGAAGCUGUGCAACCCCGAAGCGCUGACGGCGAGGGCGGGGCUCAGCACCGGCGCCCUGGUGGCCAUUCUGCUCUGCGUCGUCAUUCUGCUCAUGAUCGUGGUGCUGUUCGCCGCCCUGAGGAGGCAGAGGAAGAAGGAGCCUCUGAUCAUCUCCAAAGAGGAUGUCAGGGACAACGUCGUCAGCUACAACGACGAGGGCGGAGGAGAGGAGGACACUCAGGCCUUUGAUAUCUGCACGCUGCGCAACCCGGAGGCCAUCGAGGAGAGCAAACAGAGGCGGGACAUCAUCCCCGAGACCUUCUACCCUCCGGUUCGACGGCCCGUGGUGCCGCCGCCGAGCCGGGACAAUAACGGCAACGUGAGAGACUUCAUCAACCAGCGGCUGCAGGAUAACGACAGCGACCCGACGGCGCCGCCUUACGACUCGCUGGCCACCUACGCCUACGAGGGAAACGGCUCCGUGGCGGAGUCCCUCAGCUCGCUGGAGUCGGUGACCACCGAGGGCGACCAGGACUACAACUACCUGAGCGAGUGGGGGCCCCGAUUUAAGAAGCUGGCGGACAUGUACGGCGGCGACGACAGCGACUCCUAACAAGAGCCUGGCACACGGACGGAAAGCGUGGCGUAAAAACCCGAACGUUCAGGCGGUUUGGCCCUGCGGACACGCCGUCGGUGGAACGUUGAGAAGAACCGGCCGGCGGCGUCCUGUCGUCCCACCGGUGACCAGACGUAGGCUUUGUGUGUCCAGUCAGUGUUAGUUGCGUUUUUUGCAGGGACGCAGUGAAGACUCUUUUUGUGUGUGUAAACAGGGUCCAAACCAGACCCAAAUAUAUCGACAGAUUUUAUUUGGUUGUUUCUUUUUUUCCAAAGCUGCCUGUGACUUACGGACUCCCUACAAGCAGUUUGGUUACCUACAGAUAUGCCGACGUAUUUUUCAGUGUUUCUGAGACUUAAACUAAAUGCUGCAUAUUGUGAGUUCUAUCUUAGCUUGUGUAUGUACGGUUAUAUGAUACAAUCCGCUGUACAGUUUUCUUUUUUAUCUCACCUCCAGUUUGACCUGAAUCCAACUCAAUUCAUCCAGGAGGUACAGUUUGUCAAACCUCAACAAGAAGCUGUGUGUAAGCAGCUCUGAGGUCUUUGAGUUAAAAUACCAAAUAUUUCCUCAAUAUGGAGGAAUGUCAUCAGUUUCUCUCUGAUCCACUGAAGACAAUAUUGUUUUUUUUUUGCUAAAUUCAUGAGACAAAAGGUCCAAAAAGUUGAAAGACUGUCCUGUUUUACUUUGGCGAGAACUUUUUAUGUGGUGUUUGAUUCUUCCUCCUAGAACAGAAGAAAAUGCUGUAGCGCCUUCUCAGUGAAACUGAGUUAUAACUCUACACUACAGGUACAUCUUAAUAGAUUAGAAUAUGAUCCAAAACUGUUUCUAUUUCAGAAAAUUACAUUUAAAGAAAUCUAUAAAUACCUACACUUGACAUUUUCUGUUAAAUUUUGAUAAAGGCUAAUAAAAAAGUUACGUUUUGUGGCCACUCCCACAAAACGUGAAAAUAUCCCCAAAGAUACAAGAUGUCAUUGCUAAAAUAACUAAUAGCAAACAAUGGAAAAUUUAGUGGAGGGAAAACAUGAUAGAGGGAUAAAUGCAGAAGCCCAAAGGGAAAAGUGUAGCUAUGAAGGAUUAUGAUUUAGAUUCUUACCUGACCUAAAGACCUGAUUGACCAAUACUUGGUGCUCCGCAUCCCUUCCUAACAGAUAACUUUGAAUUUCAGUUGAAAAUUAGAGUCUGAAAAACACUGCUAGUGUUAGUGAACGUUCUCAUCUGUAGGCCAUUUCUGUCUCAAACAUCCUUUUUUAUUGGUAUAAACUACAUUUUUCUUAUUGGCUAACAGAAAUAAACAUUGCAAAGACAUCAUUCUGUGUAGUCAAUCUAUUAAACUUCAUUGUUAGACUGAAAUUGUAACAAUGAAGAUUUAAUGAUGUAACAAGGAGCAGGUGGAGCUGGUAGGUCUCUACAAAGUUGAGAUAUUUAAAGAAAGUGGAACUCUUUAGUAAAUUGAUCUAUCCUGAAUUUACGGAGUCUUUUCUAUUAUAAAGUGUUUUUUUAUUUUGAUAUAAAAGUCAGAAUGAUUCAAAAUAUUUGAUGAAUGUUUCCCCUCAAAAUUAAAAAUUGCUGCCCUCUAGAUCAUUGAAAGCAAGAAAGAAAAUCUACAGUGUCGUGCGAGUCUGUUUGCCCUGCUCAGGCGGUUGCGCAAUAGAGAUGUGCCAAAAAGCAAAGAUCACCAGUAUUUUCCUUUACAAAACGCCUCCCAUGGCUGCAGUCCUAAUUACCUGCACUGUACCUCGCUCCGGAGCCAGAGCAAACGCUUCGGCUUUACCCAGCUGAUUUCCUGCGGGACCUCCAGCCUCCUCCAUAAAGAUGCUUAUCGAAGGGGCACCUGACCUUUGAGCGGAGCAGAAUUAGGCUUUUAAACCCAGAAGAUUGUCCUCGGCUCGUGGAGAAGGUCAGCGCAUCGACGAGGACACACGAGAGGUUCGCUUUAAAUGCGAUUUAUGAAACAAAGGAAAACCAUCCUAGAGCUGCAGCGUUACAGAGUUCAUUGAGGACCUCCUAAAGAUGAGUAAACAGCUCUGAGUUCAGCCUUGUGUCCGUUUCUGAGAGGGCAAAGUCAUACGUAUCAGCAGAAACAGAAAAAAAAAAAAAACAUGGGUACAACAUGCUCUGCCCUCGCUUUAACAAAA